UUAUAAAACCAGGUCAGCUGGGUUAUUGUUGAUGAAUUUCUGUUAUUCCAUUGUCUCCAGAAAAAUUGGUAAAAUCUCUCGAAAAUGGAUAAUUCAGCCCUAAACACCGCUCAUAGAUAUGCCAGAAGGGCAGAGGCUCACUUCAGAUACAAACGCUUCGAUGAAGCAAUUGAAUGUCAUAAACAAGUGGCUGAACAACUCCACAAUGCCAUCCGUCUGGCCACAGUGGACAAGAGCGUGGUGUCCCUGCAGCUUCAGCGAGAGUACCACACAAAACAGAUAGAAUUCCUGACAAUGAGAAAGGUCCAGUUUGAAAAGUAUCGCAAGGCAAUUGAACAGGAAAAAGGCGCGGAAUUCUGGGAGCAGAAAGAAAAGACACGUUCCCUGCAGACAGAACUCUUCAGAGCUAUAGAAAAUUCAGACAGUCUAUUGGCAGGUCUUCUGGCAAAAGCACAGCAUUCCGGGGACCAACGUCCGGAAAAUCUGACUGAGACUCUCAAAGAGCUACAAUCCCUCAGCAAACAGAUUCACAUAAUGAGCCAUUCCCUGGCAGAGCAACUCGAUGGAUGUAUAAUUGAUGCUGAUGUCCUUAGGGAGAAGAUUCGGGCAGAAAUGGUGCCCAAGGAGGAUGAUUCUGACGACAAGGAGGUGUCAAGUGUGAAAUCCAUGUCUCCCGAGAAGCAAGAAUACAAGGCUGCAGAGUCCCUGGACAAUAUCCUACAGGAUCUCAAUGAUAUCCAGGAACUUCCGAAUCUUCCGCCUCUGCAGCUGCCCAAUUUUGACUAUGCGACAUUCAGUGAUUCUGGAACUACGACAAAAUCCAAUUAGAAAAAUAUUCAGACUACAUCCGGAGAUAGGAAACUGUUCAAAUGUUUAAAGAGGGGAAAUAAAAGCCCGUUAAAUGUGCACAGUAAAGGACUUUAUUACACUUCA